UUCAAUUCAGGGUGAGUGCUUAGUACAGGUAAACAUUGUUGCACAUCCAUAUAGGUUUAAUACCAUUUCAAACAAAAGAUUGGCACAACUUCUGUUUAAUAAAAACACAUGUAACAGCUUGUUACCCUGUCCAGCUAAAAAUCAAACAUCAGUGUAUGGUUUUUUUGCAAACAAGUUUUCAUGACAGUAGGAUAAAAGGCUGUACAUUUGUGCAAUCGUUAUAUAAUGUGUCUGCCAUCUCCCGAAUUAUGUCCACUUUGCAUAUUAUGAUUUAUGUUGCGUUUGUUCUUGUCGCAUGUUAGUUUUACGAGAAUAUAGCGAAAAAGUAACGAAGGUUUUUUUACUGCUAUGUAUAUUUAUUCUACAUUUACAAUACGAAUUAAGAUAUAACAAAGCUCUUAUUCCAAACUGAACAAAAACAUUGCUAGAGUUGCAUUGUUUUAAAGAUCAAGCAAGUUACAGAAACAGAAAUUAGGGACAUUAUUUGUACAUCUCGGGAAAUUAAAUAAGAAAUAAUAUAUAGAAUUAAAGAUUUUUAAUACACAUUGGCGAUUGCAUGAGAACCGCUUAUCAGAAUUUAAAAAAUUAAGAGGCCUGGAACAAGCAAUCAAGUAUUAUUUUGGCAAAAAAAAUAAUGUUAAUCAAUUAACCUUUAUAAUAUCUUUGCAUUGUUAAAGUCUGAAUGCACACCCCUUAACAGGUCUAAAAUUACUGAUGAAAGAAAAUGUCUGAAUUUGCUAUUACUGAAAUAUGACAUCAUAAUUCAUGCAGCAUAAUUAAAUCUGAAAUUCUUUAAAUGUAAAUAUCUUAAGAAUGAAAAGAGCUUUUUAAAAAAUUUAAAAAAACUUAAGCUCUAUAAUAUAAGUCCAACAUCAUUUUAUACCUUUAAGGCCACUAUUAUUAAGGCCACUGGAAGUUAAUUCUUUGUUCAUGGUAAUUUGUUGCGAUAAAACUAAAAUGCGCAAUGCGCUAAUUUUGUAAUCACAAAAAUAGUUACGUUGUUAAUAAAAGUUUCUUAAAUUUUUAUGUAAUUUAUAUAACAAAAAUUAGCUACUUUCGCUAAAAUACUAAAUAAGAAAAAACAGUUGUCGUAACACCCUCCUCCGUUGCUACUUUUAUUAUUUUUUUUUGUGGUUUCAACCAUACAUUCUCAAUAAAAUUAUUUUUAUUUUGGCGACCGACCAACCGAUUAGAAUAACUAAUUAAAUUGGAGUCGUCUUAAGUAAUUGAAUGGGUAUUCACACAUAAAAAGCACAUGCGUAUGGGAAAAUAUGUUUCUACAACAACUGUAUUCAAACCUUUUUUACCCAUUAAAAUAGCAGUUUCAGUUGCUGUUCUUUUAUAACAAAAUAUGGAUCUAAGGGCAUUUUUCUCGUCAUUUUAGAACAAUGUACGAAGAUUUUUAAGCUUUAAAGGCACGUUUUCUUCGUUAUUUUAUAACGAAAUACGGAAAUCUUAAGCUUUGCAGGGUCAUGUUUAAGUUUCAUAAUGUUUGUCGCUUUAGAAAAAAUUAUGCCAGUUAUAAAGCUUUGUGUCAAACCAUUUUCGUAGUUUCGUAAUGAAUUCUGACAUCUUACAAACAAAUCGUUAUCUUCAUAUUUGUUUUUUGUAACAGUUUUGUCUUAUAUUAUUGGAUCUUAGUUUAUUUUGAACGUUUAUGAAUUCCUCAAAAACACUGGUAGAAAAAUUAAAUACCUGGUUGUUCAACAAGGCAAUUUUUUGGAGAUAUAGUCAGGAUCCAUACACUUGAAAAUUAUUAUUGGAUAAAGAAAUUUGCAAUAUCAAACAAAAAUUCAAUUAUGUAAACAUUUGCCUUGUAUUUACCUUUUUUAAUAUCUAGAUACUAUCUUCACCCUCUUGGUGCCUGGGUUAAAGAGUGGAAGGAAAAAUGUUUUUGAGAUUUUGCUAGGAAUUAAGUUUUAAAAACCAUAAGCCAUUAAUGAAGGCAUUUCAAUAUGCAAAAUUUCUGGUCACAGAAACGGAAAAGAUUUUGGCCAUUUUGGACAGGUGCUACGACAACAACAACAACAACUUAAUGCAGAUGCAUUUUCAGGCCAAUUUCUUGGUAUUUCAACAGCCAUGCAUGCAGUUAGCUUGGUCAUGAUUUCUUUCAUUUAGAUAUCUGAAUAAAUCAUAACCGUUUGAACACUAACAUCUCUAUUAACAAUUUAUUGCAACUCUUCUAACGUUUUGAUCUCAUUAAUCAUAAGUCAACUUUCCAAAUAAUGUCAUACUCUUUGAUGAGUAGAUUGUCAGGAUAAACAUAACAUGUUAUCCGUUUAUGAAAUAUGAAAUAUCUUCACAUCAUUACUUUCAUAACUGCAAAGCUGGUUUUUGCACAAAGUGAUUUGCCAAUUUUAUAUAAAGCUUGCCCAGAUGCUGUUACCAUCCCACCUACCAAAAAUUUUAUGCCUUUGGGAAGCCAACCUGGUGGAACAUGGCUGCGACUAGGUAGCUUAUCAAAACGUUUAAGAUGUGACUGGGUAAUUUACACUCCAGAUCCACAAAAAUAUGACAUCAAUAUUCUUUAUCUUGAGAUGUUUUUGCAAGGUCCUAAACGUGAUGGUCAGUGUACAAAUCAAAAGCUUCAUAUAUACUACAGAAAUGUUAAGCCACAAGCUUAUUGCAAACAGCUCUAUCCACAUGAUAAAUUAUCAUACAAUGGUAAUGUCAAAAUCUCAUCAAAACAAACUGGGAUGUCGUUCCCAUUUUACAUGAAUUUGUACAUAGAAGCAACAACUAAAGGAUGUGCAUCAGAUGUAGCCAUGAAGGAUGGUCAACUCUCAUAUUUCUUUCAAAACAAGGCACAGCCUAAUAAGCACUGCAUAUGGUUUCUACCAGAAGUUAAGAAAUCAAAAAUCCUCUAUCUGAUCUUUUUGAAUAUCACACUUAAUCAUAAGAAAAAUAUGGAAUAUUCAUGUGUUGCCUACCAUGAUGAAGCCUUGUGGGUAACACAGUGGCGGCAAAACAAUGCAUCAAUUGUGUGGAAAUUAUGCACCUCCUAUUUUCAUUACCCAUUGGUUGUAUCUCUUCUUGAAAGUCAAAGAAGUUCUGUCACGUUACACACAAACAGAUAUAGUACAUUGCCAAGUUUUUCAGCAACAGGAUUUCUUUCAGACCAAGAUUGUGGUGGCAACUCAUACAAUCAGAGUGGUACAAUUUCCCCUCCCAUGAGCAAUUCUAAAUAUGGUGUUGACGGAGGGUAUGCAAACAACAAAAGAUGUGUUUGGUUGCUACAAACGAAUAUUGCAUAUUCAAUGUUAAAUACUUAUCUUGUGUUUCACUACCUGGAUUUGGAACAUACACAUGGCUGUGUGCACGAUUAUGUUGAAAUAUUUGAAUUAACAAACGCAACUUCGCCGUACCAGUCGUCGGUAAAAUACUGCAAUGAAAUGAAUGUUAAAAUACCUCAACAAAAUCGAUAUGAACAAAAUGUUAUACUCCGCUUUAUUUCAGACAGUGGAAUAAACAAGAAGGGCUUUGAAAUCUCCUAUUUUCGAUCAGCUAAGGAUUGUAAAGGUACUCCAUUCACAAAAGUGAGCAAUUCAUAUCAUAACAUCUUAAGACACAAUACUUCAUCCCCUAAUCAAAUGUGCUCAUGGUUUUACUAUGCUGACAGAGAGUUUGUCUUGAACGUCCAACUGUUUAUCACAGUAAAUUUGGCAACAUCUCAUUGUACUGGUAACAGAUUGUCAAUAUACACAGGAGUUUUGGGUACCAAGGCAAAACCUUCAUACAUGUUAUGUCGCAACAGGUCAUUGCGUAUAAAAGCAAGUAGAGUUCUUUUGGUUUUUGAAACAGAUUCAGAUAUUUUCGCUAGAAUAUUAGAAGCACGAAUGAUGUUUUAUUUUGAGUCGAUCCCACCUCAAUUUACGUCAUCCAUUUCUCCAACAUCAGCAUCAGCUAGUUAUCCAUUCAGCACGUCAAUCAUUUUACCAACUGUUAAAAGUGAAAAUAGUGUCCAGGAAAAGAAGUUCAAUUUCUUAUACUUCAUUAUUGCUGGUGUGGCAGUUCUUAUUAUUUUCAUUGUUGUGCUACUACUAUGUCUUAGAAGAAGAAAAAACAGAGCUGUAAAACAAGCAAAAAACUGUUCUGCGAAACCCACGGCUCCGUUGGACAUGUCGAAAAGACCAAGUGAAAUACCUCUUGUUGACACUAUUGCUAGCAAGAAAAGCAAUUCAUUGAAGAAGAUCCUGAAAAACAAAUUGCAGUCUUCAUUUGGAUCUCACAUAGAUGAAUCCAAAUUUGACUGGCAGGAUAAUGAUAGCGAUGUUGUUGUUAAUGAACAUGUAAAGCUUGACAGUGGAAGCUUUUCUGAAAAUAAGGAGGAAGCCAUCUGUGAGAUGUAUGAAAGCAAAGAAGAAAACAGAAAUUCACAAAUUAGCAUCUCUUCUGAAGAUUUAGAAAGACGUAGGCAAAGCGGUGAUGCUGUUGGUCAGAUUUUUUAUGGUGAAGAAAAAGGCGACAAGAAAAGUUCCAAGCGACCUGAUUCAUACAUAUUUCAUUCCAAUACUUUGGAGUUGGAUGACAGUACAAUACCUAAAAGACCUAUAACGUAUUCACGUGAUGUACAGGACGAUCUCAAGAAAGAAGUACCCUCUUCAACUGCAAAUAUAGUGCUACAUGAUGUCAUUUCUCAAAUGCCACAACAAAAAAGCUUAUCAGCCAGUAACAUGUAUGAUGCCAUGAAUGAGAAAGAAAACCUUGAGACCAAGGAUAGAUCAUCCACAAAUGAUUUAUAUGAUUCAAUGAAUGAAAACGAGUUGCGUUCAUUAAAAGAAAAUCGUUCAUCAUCCAAUAAUCUUUAUGGUUCUACAAAUGGUUCAGACUUGACUUGUGGAGAAAUUUAUUCAUCUUCAAGCAACCCUCUUUAUGGAAGCACCAAAGAAACAACUACACCAACAUCGAAGCCUUCAACAGUGGUAUAUCAUGGUUUGACAAUGUCGUCUAGCCAUGAAGAUGAUUACGCUGAUCUUGAUGAUGAAAACUAUGCAUGUCCAGACUCACAAACAUACAAAAAAGAGCAAGACAAUCCACAAUAUGCAGGAACGACUCCUGUCUUGGUUGAUAAUCUUUAUGCUAGCCCUGGCAGUUAUUAUCAAAAGGAUAACCCGUUGUAUGAAUAACUGAGACAACAAUUCUAUGUAUGAAUAAACGAAGCAAAGCGAUUUUAAGAGCACGAUACAUACAUAGAAAAAGUUAUGGUUGAAAGUAGAGUAAAUUAUUAAUGAAUAUUAAAAUUUUAUACCAAAUAAUGUCUAAGAUGAUACAUUGAUAUAAAAAAUACAAAUAAGAAAUAAGAAAUAAAUUAAUAUAUUAAUAAAUAAUAUUGUAGUAAUGAAAAAAAUUAUACGAUUAAUAGAAAUUAUAUGAUAAUGCAUUUUAUAUCGAAUUUAUCUAAAUAUUUUUAACUGAGAUUUAUUAGAAAUAUUUUUAUUGUUUAUAUCGAAUUUGUUAUUGUAAAUAUGUUAUUAUUUUUCAUAUUAUUUUAUAUUUUUUUAUCUACACUUAGUUUUUUUACUAAAUCUUUUGGUUCUUAUUGUUAAUAAAGAAUUUAUAGUAAGCCUUAGUUUACGUUUCUAUAAUAAUAGCCGCAUUUUAUCUGUGGGUCAAAAGCACGAAAUAUUCAAGCUGCGAAUAACAAAUGCGAUAUACUUUUAUCGACUUUGCUGUGAUGGCGAAUUCUCGUGAAUUUUUCAAGGGCUUACGAGUAGUUUAUAUAAUAAUGCUCACUGUCUGUCUGAACCAAAGAUGAUAGAUUUAAGUAAACAUAUUCAAACUGUUCGAGCAGUUAAAAAAAAUACAUUUCUGCUCUCUUGGUAGAUUAUUUAAAAUAUUUUUUGAAGAUUUGUUUAAGAUGAAAAAAAUAUAUUAAAAUUAUCAUCAGAGGAAAAUUUUGAUAAUAUAUACUACUUUGAUAAUAUAUGCCACGUUUAUAAUAUAUGCCACGUUCUAUAUGCGACAUUGAUAAAUACGCUGAUAAUAUCUACCAUUAAUAUAUCUCACAUUGACAACCUAUAUGUUGUCUUUUACUAUUGCAGACUAUAUCUGAAAUUAAACUUAUUUUGUAACAUUUUGAAAUGUCAGUUUUUACCUCCAGAUUACUUACGCCAAAA